UGUUUUCCAAAGUUAACGGUCACCAACAAAAUAUUAUCCAGUUAUGAUUGAAACUUGGAUGAAGAACUCGCGUCUCAUUUUCUUCUUUCUUUUCUCUCAUCAAUGGCCUUCAAUCUUCUCAAAUUUCAUUCCCAAAUAACCGAAGCUGCUAAACCCAUUUUCCCUAAUCUACUCCCCACCAAGAAUUUCUUCCCUCUACUUCCAGUUCCGCCCUCUCAGCUCCUCCCAAAGCCCCAUUUCCAUGUCUCCUAUCUUCCUCAUUCAACUCACAAAUCAAGAACAAUACCUUUUAUACUUCAUUCUUCUUUGUCUUCUUCAACUCCACCCACCUCAAAAGACGAUGCCAUUUCCCAGGCCAAAACCUGCCUCUCUACCACACUCGAAAAACCCCUCAACAACAUUAGGUUUUCCGGCAAGAUCAUCAAGAAGGCAAAGCAACCCAGAUUCCGAGUGGAGAUUCCGGUCGUUGAUGAAUCGUCCGGCUCUCUGAUCGAGCUCGCUUAUGAGGUGUUUGGGGACUUGCCCAUUAAGAGAAAAGGGUCCCCUAUUAAAAUCUUACUCGUUUGGUCUAACCCCAUGUUGGCUGAAGCUGCUAGUAAAGCCUUUCAGUCUCGUUCUACUGAUCAAGUUGAACAGAUAGACGUUUCUUCGUUUGAUGGAUUAGAUGGUAGAAUUCUGAAUUCUAAUGAUGUGGCAGUGUUUUUGGGGCUAGAAUCUUCUCAAAUUCGAACUAUAAAAACUGUUACAGAUGGGUUUUAUCCUAAGCCAGUGGUGAUUUUCAACCCCAAAUGGGCAUUUGAGGAGGAGAUUGAAUUUGGUGAGCUGAGUGGGUUUAUUGGGUCUUUUGAGGUGAUUUAUUCCUUCAUGGGUUUGGAAGUUCAAGGGAUUUUGAACAAGAGAAAAGGGAUGAUUUUCAAGUGUGUGAGAAAUGGGGUCUUGAGUGGUGAGCUAUGGAAUGUGCUUGUUGAAGAGGAAGGAGGAGAAUUGAAGGCGGUUUCGAAGUUCAAGGCGCGACCAUCAAUCACAGAGGUUGAGAAUGUGUUGUACAAUUUGAUGGCCAUGAACUCACCCAUCACCAAGUCUGCAAAGUUCUUGAGGGAUUUGGUCUCAAACGUAACUGGAAAAAAUUAGAAACCAAGCAGAACAAUGAUUUGAUUCAGACUAUGAAAUUUCAUAAAGCAAAACGGAAAUUCAGAAUGAAGUUGAAGGAUUAGCAAUGGAAGAUUAAGAUUUUUAUUGCCAAUAAACCACAAUUACAAACAUCUGUAGACAAACCUCUUCAUUGCUGCACUCAAAUAAAAGAAGGGGUUUUUUGAAAUUUCAACAUAGAACAGAAGGUCGAUAGAAAUCAAACACUGGUGCCGAAGUCAUUUCUCCCAGAUUGCAAGGAUGGAUUUGGUUUCAUUAGGGAACAAGAAGACUUGAAGGCUUGUAUUUGAGACUCGCACUUGACACGAUCGCCAUUAUUUUCCUGCAAACAUUUCUUGAGAGCUUCAACAUCACAUGGCGAUGGAUUCUUCGUCACAACCCUAGAUUUCUCAGUUAUACCAUCCAUCGAGUUUCAACAAGUACGCGGAGAAUUUCGAUUUUCUGACGCAAAUUAAAUUGAAGGUGAGAAAUUGUAAAAAAUUGUAACAGUGGAAGGGAGAUGUAAAUCCGAUCGAACACACUCCGCGCGCAGCCAAUGAACCACCGCUGCUCGAGCUAAUCAAGAAAUGCAAGGAUAAUGAGAUUUUUAUAUAGACGACUCAAUUCCGCCCUGCCGGAUGGAUUUUUCUUUGGAAAAAAAAAAAAAGAGAGAAAGUACUAUAACACAAUUUGAGUCGAAAUUUUGAACUCGAGACCACUUCUUGUCAGCUACACACGGAUGGGUUUUGAGCUAAUAGUUAAUCGGAUGGAAUUCUGAUCUAAGCUCAAAUUUGAAUGGCAUGUUUUUUUAUCUGAUUUAUAAUAUACAACUUAUUUUGUGAUUCUUUUC